AUGCAUACUACUGACCUUUCUAGUAAUUUCUGGCACCGCGAGCAGUUUGAUUGGGCCGAAGAGGUCGAGAACGAGAUUAUGAAAACUCGGUUUUCUGCAAGUUGUCCCAAGAGCUGCUUGGAGGUUGACGAUCGCACUGACACAGCACAAACCGAUCUACCUAGACCCGAAAGUUGUCGAGACAGUUACGAAACAGAGUUGCUUGACCGAUUCGACGAACCAGAAUUGUUUGACCCAUUCGCCGAUGAUUCUAUUGAAUUCAUGUUGGACAAUGGCUUCGAUCUCACUUGCGAUAACACAGAGAGCCCAUCAUUUUAUCCAGAAUAUUACACAGAAGCAUGGCAAUCCAUUGAGCAAGACGUCACCAGGGAAUUUGCUUGGCGUGAGCAGUCUAUGUUUCAGUACAGCAGUAUCCAUCAUUUCAACUGGCUAGGGGAAGGUGUCCUAGAGCGCAGUUCCACCCUACCAGAGGAGUCGUUGGCCGUAAUGCUUUCUUGUCCCAAGGUUCCCCAGGCCACAGACAAUUACCGUAUCCAGGCUAUUCUCCGUCGUGCCUAUACAUUCCUGGACCCUGUACUUCUCAGUCUAGACGAUGUGGAUGAUUCCAUCCUACUUCUCCGUGGCUCUGCCCUUCAACGUGCUGCAAAGGACCAUGUAUUCAAGUACUACACCGCCCAUGGCCAGUGGAUGUUUGACGAUACCGAACCCAUUCAAAACACCACAUUGGAUAUCGGCGAAGUUAGCACAUACGUUGAGCCCAAUGUGGUGAUUGGUAAUGGGUUUGUCAAGCAUAACCUACUUCGAUCCAGAGCGGAAUUCCAUAAGAUCCGUGAUGAUACUAUUGCCUCGUUGUCUCCUGCACGUCGAGGGAGGCAUUGGAAACCCAGCCCUUCGAGAUUGCAGACAGUGGAGUCUAUCAAGCAUGUAGAUGAUCAACCAAUGAAGAAGCCAGUUCCUCUCAGCUCCUCAGAGGCAGGACCUUCCAAAUCCAACGAGAAGAACACGAGAGUUAUCUUCCUUCCUCCUACUAAGCCAAUCAUGCACCCUAGUAGAGAUCCCGAUGUUUACUACACCUUCCCCCCAUCUAGAAUUGGAGAAUCCAAGCUGAGACGUUUCUUCAGAAAGACAUGGAAAUCUGUUUUGUCUGGUCUUCGACUAACAGAGUCAUGUUGUUCUAAAUAG